AUGAAAGCCACCAUCCACUCCGCCACCCUGAUCGCAACCUGGAGCUGGUCGCAUCCACUCUCACACGACGAAGUAUGCGGCAUCUGCCGCGUCGCCUUCGACGGCACGUGCCCGACCUGCAAAUUUCCCGGCGACGAGUGCCCGCUCCUGAUCGGCAAAUGCCAGCACGCCUUCCACAUGCACUGCCUGUUGAUGUGGGUGCAGCAGGAGAGCUCCCGCGGCCUAUGUCCGAUGUGUCGGCAGAAGUUUGAGUGGCGCCGUGGAGAGAAUCUAGCAGCGGCCAGAGGUGGUAUGGUGGGUACGGGGAUGGUCGUCGAGGGAGAGGGAAGGGAGCGGCAGGAUCGCCAGCCGGGUGGGAAUGCGGGCGGAGGCACUGGUGCUUGA